AUGAAGUUCUCUACCAUCUUCGCCGGUGCCCUCGCCGCUGUCGCCUCCGCCGCUCCCACUGAGAAGCGCGGUCAGCUGGACAUCUCCCAGCUCAACAACCUCGAGCGGUUCAACUCCCUGGACGUCAACUACCUGAACCGCAUCAACUCCCUGGACCUGCAGCUCCUCAACACCCUGGCUGUCCAGAACAACUUCAACGCCCUCGCCUUCCAAGGUCUCUUCCAGGGUCAGGCCUUCGACGUCAACGCCCUCCUGCAGCUCCAGCAGCUCCAGACCCUCCUCCAGCUCGGCCAGCUCGGCGUCUUCAACGCCUUCGACCUCUCCAGCCUGAACCUCCAGGCCCUGCAGCUCGGCCUCAUCAACAACGUCGGCGCCUUUGACCUGUCUUCGCUUGUCGAUGCCUCGCUGAUCCCCCAGAUCACUGCCAUCUCUGAGCAGACCAUUGUCGUCGGCAAGGAGUAA